AGUGGUUGGGAUCAUGUAGGUGAAGACACACAAAGAUGUUCUGCUCCAGAAUGGAAAUGUCAAAAGAGAACAUAGUGGUUGCUGCAUUGUUGUAUGAGAAGCCUAUAUAUCAUCAAAUUAUUGUCAUUUUAGGAUUUAGGGAAGUAAAUACAUGACAUACUGGUCCUUUAACUAAGACACCUGGUCAUUGUAACCAAAUGGGGUUUGUCUUGCAGAUGUCGUCAGUAAUAGUAGUGAGAGAGAGACUGGGUGACCGUCCCUCAUUAGAGAAACUGUGCUGUGACUGGAUCUUCAGGAAAGCUGUUAUUGUUGAUGUGUUAUUUGAAUUUCAGGUGCCAAUGAUAAGAGGAAAUGGGAGGUGACUAUCCCUCAUAAGAAAAUCUGUGCUGUGACUGGAUCAUCAGUGGUCAUGCCCUGCACUUUCACUCAUCCUCCUGGUGUCAAAGUCACUGAAGUCUUCUGGCUGAUUGACCCCCAGGAAGGAAAGGUAUCCUCUGACCUCAUAUCUAAAACCUCUUACAAAGGUCGUGUGCAGUACUUCUGGAACAAUGACAACAACUGCUCAAUGAAACUGAGUAAACUGAACAAGAAGGACAAAGCAAAGUAUCAUGCAAGGAUUGAGACAAAUAAGGAAGAACAAAACUGGCAAAGCAAACCUGCAGUUCAGUUGACAGUCACAGACCUCACAGCCAAGAUCCCUGGACCAGUGCUUGAGGGACGUGAGGUGACACUGACCUGUAAGACCACCUGCAGUAAUGAAGAAACUCCUGUAGUGAUAUGGAGGAAGAAUGGACAAGAGUUACCUGGUGAACAAACAACCAACAAUCAACUCAAGCUCAUGAAUGUCAGUCCUGCCGAUGAAGGCAACUAUUCCUGUGCAUUUAAAGACCACGGUGAACAUCCAUCUAAACCAGUGAAGCUUAAUGUCAUGUUCUCUCCAAAGAACAUCACAGUGUCUGUCAGACCAACUGAUAUACUCAUGGGAGGUUCAGUGACUCUGACUUGCAGCAAUUAUGCCAAACCACGAGCUGGGAACUACACCUGGUUUAAGGUGAAUGAGUCCACUCCAGUGGGAUCAGGAAAGCAGUACAGCAUCACUAACAUCAGAUCUGAGGAUGGAGGACAGUACUACUGUGAAGCCAGGAAUAAACAUGGAGCUGACAACUCCUCAGCUGUGUCCAUCACAGUUACUGAUCUAGGACACCAUAGUCCUGUAGUGUAUGUGGUAGCAGGAGUCUCAGUCUGUGGAGCUGCUGGUCUGUUCUGUGUUCUGGUCUGGAUUAGGUUCCACAAGACGAAUACAAGAGACAGCAAGAAAGAGGUGAGUUGA